AUGGCUGCGAAAUGUGCUGGUGCUUACUCACUAGCCGCACUUCAUCUGGAAGGGGACGCUUUCGAAUCGACAGUUGUUGUGCGGCGAAUAGAGGCGGACGGGAGCGAAGCAGUCUCGGCUGGUGUAGUCCACAGGACCUGCUCAUUGAAUCGUCAUCCGUUGGCUCACACCACUGACCAUCCUAAACGACCUCUCGCUGGCAGCCACAGUGGUGUCGUUUACAGCGAGAUUGUGGACUUGAAACAGUCGAUUAGUUGUGAUUUUUGA